AUGGAUCUGCAAGAGAAUCGAGAACGCAUGCGCCGCGGCGAGCUGUAUCAUGCGUUCGUCUCCGAUCUCACAGCGGAUCGAGCGCGUUGCGCCAGUGCCUGUCGCCGUUUCAACAAUGCGGGCGACGUGUCCCGUCGACGGUCCCUGGAGUUGUGGAAGGACAUUGUGGGUGAUACCACCCCUCUCCCGCCUGCCAGUCAGGAUCCCGCCGAGGAUGACAAGCUCUUAGAGAAGCAUCCUUGGAUCGAGCCUCCCAUUCGCAUGGACUACGGGUACAACGUGAAAGUGGGAGAAGGCGCUUUCAUCAAUUUUGACUGUGUCAUUAUCGACACCUGCUUGGUGACGAUUGGGGCGCGCACCUUGUUGGGUCCCAAGGUUAGUCUUUAUAGCGGCACGCACCCUCUUGAUCCAGCCGUGCGCAACGGAACGGAAGGUCCAGAGUCGGGGAAAGAAAUCCAUAUUGGUGAGGAUUGCUGGCUCGCAGGGAAUGUGACUGUGUUGCCGGGAGUGACGAUCGGAAAAGGCGCGGUUAUUGGAGCUGGAAGUGUGGUGACCAAGGAUGUUCCUGCGUUUCAUCUGGCUGUGGGAAACCCAGCGAGAGUGAUUCGCAAGAUUGAAACCUCGAUGAAGGAGUAA